GCCGCCAUGAAGAAGCACGAGGCCAUCGAGGCCGACAUCUCCUCCUACCAAGAGCGCAUCCAGGUGGUGGUGGAGCUGGCCCUGGAGAUGGAGUCCGAGGGCUACUACGACACCAAGCGCAUCAGCGCCCAAAAGGACAACAUCCUCCGCCAAUGGGGGCUCCUGACCGAGCUGGUCCGCGCCCGCCGGGCCCGCCUGGAGCAGAACCUGGCCCUGCAGAAGAUCUUCCAGGAGAUGGUUUACAUGAUCGACUGGAUGGAGGAGAUGCAGGUGCUGUUGGUGUCCAAGGACGUGGGGAAGCAUCUCCUGGAGGUUGAGGACCUUCUGCAGAAGCAGGGGCUGCUGGAGGCCGACAUUUCGGACCAGACCGAGCGGGUGCAGGCCCUCAACGCCGCCGCGCUCAAGUUCUCGGAGCUGGAGGGCUACCAACCCUGCGACCCCCAGAUCAUCUGCAACCGCGUCAACCACGUCCAGACGUGCCUGGAGGAGCUGGGGGAGCUGGCGGCGAAGAGGCGCAAGGAGCUGGAGGACUCGCGCCAGCUUUGGGCCUUCUUUCAGGAGAUGGAGGAGGCCGAGGCCUGGAUCCGCGAGAAGGAGCAGAUCUUGGCUGCCAAAACCUGCGGCCGGGACCUGAGCAGCGUCUUGACGUUGACCAACAAACACAAGAGCAUGCUGGGCGAGCUGGGCAGCCGCCGGGCUCUCCUGCAUCACAGCAUGAAGAGGGGUGAGCAGAUUUUGGCCAAGAAACGCUUCAGCCCCGGGGGAAUCCAGGAGAAAAUGCGGGAGGUUCGGCUCCGCUGGAAGAAGCUGGAGGAGGUGACGGGGCUGCACCAGCAGCGGCUGCAGGAGGCCCUCAACUUCUUCCAGUUCAGCGCUGAGACGGACGACCUGGUGGCCUGGCUGCAGGACACUUACCGCAUCGUCUCCAGCGACGACUUCGGCCACGACGAUUAUUCCACCCAAGCCCUUCUGCGGAAGCACCGGGCGGUGGUGGAAGAGGUGGAGAAGCACCGGGCGGCCGUCCUGGCCCUCCGGAAGCAGUUGGCUCUCCUGGCGCCCGAACACCGCCAAGGGGUCGACGUCCAGAUCCGGGUGGUGGAGGUGGAGCAGCUCUACGGGGAGGUGGCCGAGGUGGCCGUGCUGCGGCAGCAGUGGCUGCAAGACGCCUUGGCCGUGUACCGCAUGUUCAGCGAGGUCCACGCCUGCGAGGUGUGGGUGGACGAGAAGGAGCAGUGGUUGGAGAGGAUGGUGGUGCCGGAGGAGCUGGAUGAGGUCGAGGUGAUCCAGCAUAGGUUCGAGAGCCUGGACCAGGAGAUGAACAGCGUCAUGGGGCGCAUCUUGGACGUCAACCAGGUGGUGCAGCAGUUGGUGGACGGGGGCCACCCCAGCUCCGAGGAGGUCCGCUCCUGCCAGGACCACCUCAACAGCAGGUGGAACCGGGUGGUGGAGCUGGUGGAGCACAAGAAGACGCAGCUCAGCUCCGUCCUGAAGAUCCAGAACUACCUCCUGGAGUGCGGCGAAAUGAAGGCACAGGUGCGGGAGAAGCGAAAAGCCAUCGAGGCCACCCAGUCGGGCGGCGGCGACCUGGGCGGCGUUUUGGCCUUGCAACGCCGCCUCUCCACCAUGGAGGCUGCCCUGGUGGUCCUGGAGCCGCGCUUGGUGGAGCUUCAACGGGAAGGAGAAGCCUUGGCCGCCUCCCACCCGGGGAGGGCCCUGGAGAUCCUGCUGCCCUUCGAGCAGAUCAGCGAGGAGUGGGAGGCGCUGAAGCGGGCGCUGCAGGGUUGCGAGGACUCCUUGACGGUGGCCGGGCGGCUCCAACAGUUUAUCCAGGACCUGGACAACUUCUUGGGUUGGUUGGUGAAGACCCAAGCGGCCGUAGCCUCCGAGGAGGUCCCCGAUAGCUUGACAGAGGCGGAAAGGUUGUUGAACCACCACGCAGCCCUGAAGGAGGAGAUCAACGGCUACGAGGAGGACUACGCCAAGAUCCAGGCGGCCAGCGACCUCCUGGCCUUGGAGGAGGCCGAGGUGCCCUACCUCUCCCUGCAGGGGUGGCUGCAGAAGUUGGACGCGGGGUGGGGGAAGCUGCUGCAGAGCUGGGAGGCGCGGCGGGAGGCGCUGGUGCAAGCGCACGUCUUCCACCUCUUCCUCCGCGACGUCCAGCAGUGCGAGAACAGCCUCUACAACCAG